AUGGUGUUCCCAAUCCUCUCUCUGGUGCUGAGUGGCGUGGCCUUGCUCGCCGGGCUGCCGUUGAAUGGAUAUGUCAUCUUCGUCAACAGCUGCCGUAUGGGGAGGACGGCCAGCGCCGUGUGGUACCUGAACCGGGCCGUGGCCGAUUUCCUCUUUAUCAUUUUCCUGCCCUUCAGAUUCAUCUUCAUCCUGAGCUUAGACCGGGCCAAGAUACUGAACAACACCAUUACCUCCCUCCACAUGUUCUCCAGCGCCUUCCUCCUCACGGCCCUCAGUGUCGAUCGCUGCAUCCUCGUGACACACCCUGAGUGGACCCGGAACCACCGCACGCCCCGCCUGGCUUUCAUGAUUCUUAUGGGCCUGUGGGCCCUGUCUCUUGGGUUCAGCUUGAGGUAUGGGGAUCUCUGGGAAUCCCUCCUCUCACCUGACAGUAUCAGCACGAAUGUCCCACUAGAUGAAGGGAAGGUGAAAGCCGCUGUUGCAAUCCAGUUCCUGGUCGGCUUUCUGAUCCCAUUAGCCUUGAUCUUGAUCCCAACCGUCUACAUCGUUCUAGCUGCCAAGCUGAGAUGGAACAGGCUGAUCCAGUCCACCAAGCCACUCAACAUCCUUCUUGGCUUGAUCCCGACCUUUUUCCUCUGCUGGCUGCCGUAUCACGUCUUCUCCUUCCUGCUGAUCUCACCUAAGUACCCCCUUUCUUUUCUUAUCACAGAAAGCAAUUUUGCUUGUGUCCUCUCAUAUUUCAACAGCUGCCUCAACCCCAUCUUCUACCUGACCAUGGAGGAAAAGUUUCUGAGGUACCGGCAACGUGCACGCGACCCCCAAACCACUGACAACUCGGAGCCGGAGACGGCUGAAUAG